AUGUCAACGGAAACUCCUGCCGUCGAAGGAACCUGUCGGGCGUCGUACACUGCGUCUUCUGCUCCCACGAAUCCUUCUAACGUAAACUCUAUGAAUGACCAACAUUCUGCUUCUGUUCCCCCGGCCUGUCCGUAUCCUCAUGUCGUUGGCCCUUCUUUUGUACCUCCAACCACACAUUCGAAGCUCGAUGAUUUGCCAAGGCAACCUCCUUUGAACAAUCAUAAAAAUAACCUUGAAAAUAUUCUCCCUACCAUGCCAGGCUCCUCCAUUCCUUUGGCUCAAGGUCAUUCAGAUCAUUCACUGAACAGUGGAUCUAUGGCAGACCCUGCAAUAAUGGCGGCUGCUGCUGCUUCAUCUCCUCAUUAUCAUCCUCCCAACCCUAAUUCACCGGAUGUGCCUCUACCUCCAGGCUUCCUUUCUCCUUACAACCCUUUUUCUUAUGCAUAUUUAGUCGCAAAAGCAAAUGAAGCUGCUGCUGUUGCAGCUGUACAUCAACAUCAGCCUUCCAAAUCCGCUGAUCAACAUGCUCAGCCCGCUCAACACGUUGAUCCGGUUGCCCCAUCGUCAAUUCCGCCAUCUGCGAAUCCUUGCUCGGCGGUAACGCCGCACCAUCCGAACAGCAGCUUUCUAACAUUUCCUUUUCAACCACCCUAUCUCCCUUUCAUUUGUCCUGGUUGUGCACAAAAUUCAACUUCACAAAAUCGUUUAAACCCUCAACCAAAUAGCGAUGGAUUCAUACGCUGUCCCGCUCCUUCGGAGCAUGAGUCGUUCGUUUCCCAUGCUGGAACAGAAGCACAAGAACCAACGAAUCGUUCCAGUUCAAACGAAGCGGAGCCUCAACAUUCCGAGAGCGCUUCUAGUAGAGUGGUAGACAUGAAUCGUUUUGGUUUGACUCCUGACGUUCAUCCCUCAUCUCAAAGUGGUUUUAUUCCCGAAAAUACGUCUGCAGCUUCUCAACCAGGAUAUCCGCACUCGAAUGGCUUCCACGAUGUUUUUCUUUCUGAGCUUUCUGCUGCAGCUACCCUUGCACAAAAUAAUUCUAAUACUACUGCAGCUUCGGAGGGAAAAAGUCAAGCUAAUAAAGAUUCUUCUUCCAUAGAGAAGAGAGCACAUUUUGCCAGGAGGCAUUCAAAUGUCCGAAAAUCGAAUCAGCAAAGCAAUACAAUCUCAAGUUCCACCAUUCGAUAUCGUUGCACCGAGUGUCUUCAAGGCUUUUCGAGGCCAUCGAGCUUAAAGAUUCAUACUUAUUCCCAUACUGGUGAACGUCCAUUUGUUUGCGAUUAUGUGGGUUGCGGAAAAGCGUUUAACGUUCGCAGUAAUAUGCGACGCCAUCAACGUAUUCACGGUGCAUAA